AUGAAAAGAAUAUGGAGCCAUUUAAGCGCUGUGAAGGACAAGUUAUAUGUUGAUAUUUUGGGGAUCCUGAAGCAGAUUUUUCCCAGUGUAAUUCUUUAUGUAGAAAAAGAAGCUGACUUGACAUUUCCAAAGUCACACCCAAAGAGAUCAAUGUCUCCAAGAAAUCCAGCAUCAAGUAUGAGUCCCAGACCACUGUUCCUCAAAAGUAAUUUGGACAUUUUUUCAACAAAAAUUACUCUUAAUGAAGAGAUGUCUUUAUUUCCAAAAGCAAUGACUGUUUUAGACCUCCACCGUUCAAUUGGAAGUGUAGCCUAUGAUAUUGCUGCAUAUGAGUCAUUUUGGGGAAGCUGCCAUGGGCUGACUGCUCAAGCAGUCAAUGUUAGCCUUCCAGAAGAGGUUGAACCAUUGUUGGUGCUAUCUGGCCGUGAAGCAGUUGAGUACUAUAUCAAGUGCCAAUUCCUUCAAAAAGUAGAACAUCUGUAUUUUAACCUUGCACCAUCGCACCACUUCAGACCUUAUCAUUUAGUGUCUGUGCCCAAGGACAAAGUCAAUACUGAAUAUUACUUGUUCUCAUCAUUUGGAGUUCUGCAUGUUGAUAAGGAUUUACAAUCAGAAACAUUUAGGCUUACAGAAUGGCAAAGGCAUGCUGUUCUCUGGGAAGCUAUUCAUGAAAUACCUUUCUUCAAGAACUAUCUCAUCUCAAAGAUGUUUUACAGGUGGAAAGCAGCUCAAAGUUACCUGCUAUUCUUGAAGACCAAGGAAAGUCUUGAAAGAUCACUGUUACAAUCCAUGCCUAUAUAUGAAGCAGGACUCUUGCAAGUGUCAAAUAAAAGUUAUACUUUGCCAGAAUUUGAAGAAGCUGUGUUUCAGGUUCAAAAUGACACAAAAGAAUACCUGAAAAGAUUUUUCAGGUUGUGCAAGAUUAUUGUUGAUGUUAUAAUGUUUGAAUCUUUCAAGAAACUUCGCUUCUGUGAAGAGCAGAUGACUGCAAAAAAUAUGUUUUCAAGAGAUUCACUUUAUCUUAUGAAAAUGAAGAAAAAACAAAGGACAGCAAAUUUUCUCAAAGCCAAGAAUGAAACCAGGUAA